UCAAGCAGGGCAGGAUGGAACGCUCUACUUGAACACUGAAGAUGUCAGGCCCACCCCUCUGACCUUCCUCUGAGCCCAACGGCUCUGAUAAGUGGGCAGGCCUUGAGCCUGGAGACCCACAGACACACUUGGAUGAUUUUACAGAAAUCAGCCGGGCAACCUCCUGGUAGAGCUCUGAGCAGCUCCGGAGGGGCCACCUGCCAGCGCUGCAGGCAUGGCCAACCGGACCAAUGCCUCUGCCGCAUACGACAGCUACGAAUACUACCUGGACUACUUGGACCUCAUUCCCGUGGAUGAGAAGAAGCUGAAGGCCAGCAAACAUUCGAUCGUCAUCGCCUUCUGGGUGAGCCUGGCAGCUUUCGUGGUCUUCCUGUUCCUGCUGCUUCUGUCCAUGUCCUGGCCAGCCUCCCCGCAGACGAGGAAAGUAAGGACAGGCGGAGGUAUGAACAAUGCCCAGCACCACCCAACGUGCCCCUGGAGUCUCGGCCUCAACCUCCCCUUCUGUGUCUGGAAGCAACCCCAGCACCACGGGGCCCCCCAGGGGCCCCGCUGCCUCUACCGAGCUCGGUCGAGGAACCAGGUGGCAGAGCGUCGGGCCCCGUCCAGCAGCUGCAGCAGGAGAGUCCCUCCACCUCGGCCCCCUCCACCCCCCAGGGCCACCCUGCUCUCCUCUGGGAAUUGGCCCUCGAUGGGGACCUGCACGGCACCAGCUGAUGUCAGGAACUUCAAGCCCAGGGAGCCUCCCCUGCAGACAGAACCUCCCGACGGUAGAACCAACAACCCAAACCAGGGCCAUUGCUGAGUGAGCCGGGGAACUCAAACCAACCUGGACACACACGUGCCCUCUGAAAGCCUGGUUACAGGUAGCACGAUGUGCAACUAGGUCAAGAAUGACUGUACAAGGGGGUGCAUGUAUGCAUUUACCCAAGGCUGGCAACAGCCCAUCUGGCCGAGGGAGGAGGCCCCAAAUAUUGCUCGUUUCCUUUAGUGCACUUAACCUGCCUAUUUACUGCUCAUGCUGCUUUGGGAAGGAUAGAAAAGUAAAAUAUGUAUGAAUUAAGAUUAAAAAAUAUUCACUGAUCUCUACCAUGUCACUUCAUAGUUUCCGCUAUUACUUCUGCAAUGUUUUUUUUAUCAACUCUGAGUUCGCUGGCUGAUCUGCACCUUCUUUAGGACGCCCAGGGAGUGCCUGCCAGGUCCCCCUCCAUCCCCCGCGGACACCCACUGUCACUAAGAUGGGGCAGUGUGUGCCCGGCCAGACUCGCUGACUGUGGUGAGGGGACCUGAGCCACACCUCCGACUUCCCCAAGGCCUUUCACAGACAGAGCCCAGGGCGGCGUCUCCCCGGACAGGGCAGUCGGGUGCAGCAGGCAAGGCUUAAGCCCGAGUGGCAGGAGGAUCCUGUGCUGUGUGACUUCGUGUGACGUCUGAUCUGAGACCCCCGAUGGACCUAGUUCUCUAGUGCCCGACAGCCUGCCCCUGGCAGGGUGCCAGCACCAUACCACAAAGCCCAUACACCUCACCGCCCCCCAUCCCAGGUGACUGAAAAAUAAUCCUGUAAGGUGAGGGCCAGGCCUGGCCUCGCCAGCCCGGGGGACAGCGGGUUAGAAGGGAAGAUGGGGGAAGGGAGACUGAUGGGCUCCGGAGAUGCAGAAAGAGGGCAGAAAGGACCACAUGGGCUUUCCAACUUGAAUCUAAACGUAGGAUUCUGGCUUCACGACAUUCUAAGAAUAUUGCUGUG